AACACAACCACCCCAACUCCGUAUUCCGUAAUCCGAAAUUCCAAAUUCACCAUUUUCUCUCUCUCAACCCUUUCGCAAUUUGCAGACUUUUUGCCUCUCAACUUCCAGUCUUUCUUUCACUUUUUUCUUCAUUUUUUUUUACCUAUAUUUAUUCAUAAUUUCAAUCUCCCUUUCUUAAUAAAAUCCCCUUUUUAAUCUCAAUUGUAGGGUUUCUCUCCUUUCUUCAUUGCUCUCCACAAACCCUAGCCCGUCCGUCGUUUUGUUCAUGUCUUCCACGGUGAAGCUGACUUCUUUUUUUACCACUUCAAUCCCACUUUCAGGACAUUAAAUUUUUCAUCCUUUUCAAAAAAUUCAAUUGCAUGGACCCCGAGGUUCUCGAAUUCGAUAUAGGCUUAGGCGGAGGAGGUAGCAGCGCCCGCGACGGCGAUGAUGAUGCCAACAUAGGGUUAGACGUGGACGAGGACAUGGCGGAUAGCCCUGCCCCUUCAAUCCUUGCUUCUAAUAGCAAUGGCGGUGGCUUUGGCGGCGGUGGCAGUGAAAUAUACCUUCCAGAAGGGGACCAAAUGGAUCUUGAGCCAUAUGAAGGUAUGGAAUUUGAGUCUGAAGAAGCCGCCAAGGCCUUUUACAAUUCCUACGCUCGCCGUGUUGGUUUUAGUACACGUGUAAGUUCUUCUCGUCGUUCCAGGCGCGAUGGAGCAAUUAUUCAGAGACAAUUUGUUUGUGCUAAAGAAGGGUUUAGGAAUUUGAAUGAGAAAAGAACAAAAGAUAGGGAGAUCAAGCGUCCUCGUACUAUUACUAGAGUAGGAUGUAAGGCUUCUUUGUCGGUUAAGAUGCAGGAUUCUGGGAAAUGGGUUGUGUCUGGAUUUGUUAGGGAGCAUAAUCACGAGCUUGUUCCGCCUGAUCAGGUUCAUUGUCUUCGGUCUCAUAGGCAAAUAUCUGGGCCUGCUAAGACUUUGAUUGAUACGCUGCAGGCUGCUGGAAUGGGCCCUCGUAGGAUUAUGUCUGCUUUAAUAAAAGAAUAUGGUGGAAUUAGUAAGGUUGGAUUUACAGAAGUGGAUUGUAGGAAUUAUAUGAGGAAUAAUCGGCAGAGGAGCUUAGAAGGAGAUAUUCAAUUGCUUUUGGAUUAUUUGAGGCAAAUGCAAGCUGAGAACCCAAAUUUCUUUUAUGCUGUGCAGGGUGAUGAGGAUCAGGCUUUGAUGAGUAAUGUGUUUUGGGCUGAUCCAAAGUCUAGGAUGAAUUAUACUUACUUUGGGGAUACUGUUACCUUUGAUACUACAUAUAGGUCAAACAGAUAUCGGCUGCCUUUUGCACCUUUCACCGGAGUAAACCACCAUGGACAACCAGUUUUGUUUGGCUGUGCAUUCUUAAUAAAUGAAUCUGAAGCAUCAUUUAUUUGGCUGUUUAAGACUUGGCUUAUCGCGAUGUCUGGUCGCCCUCCGGUGUCCAUCACCACUGAUCAUGAUGCCGUUAUUCGGUCAGCAGUUAUGCAGGUUUUCCCUGAGACUCGGCACCGCUUCUGCAAAUGGCAUAUCUUCAAGAAAUGCCAAGAGAAGUUGUCCCAAGUGUUCCUCAAGCAUCCAACUUUUGAAGCGGAUUUCCAUAAGUGUGUUAACUUGCCUGAAUCGAUUGAGGAAUUUGAGUCUUGUUGGUUGUCACUUGUAGAUCGAUAUGAACUCAGGGAUCAUGAAUGGCUUCAGAUAAUAUACAAUGACCGGAGGCAGUGGGUCCCUGUAUAUCUGCGGGACACUUUUUUUGCCGAAAUGUCUAUAACCCAACGAAGUGAUAGCAUGAACUCAUACUUUGAUGGUUUUGUGAAUGCUUCAACCAAUCUGAAUCAGUUCUUUAAGCUGUACGAGAAAGCUCUGGAGAGUCGUAAUGAGAAAGAAGUAAAAGCGGAUUAUGGUACAAUGAACACUUCCCCUGCUCUGAAGACCCCAUCUCCAAUGGAGAAACAGGCAUCAGAACUUUAUACCAGAAAACUGUUUGCGAGAUUUCAAGAGGAGCUAGUUGGGACUCUGACAUUCAUGGCAUCUAAAUCAGAUGAUGAUGGUGACAUCAUAACAUAUCAGGUGGCAAAGUUUGGGGAGGAUCAUAAAGCUUACUAUGUUAAGUUCAAUGUUUUAGAAAUGAAAGCCACUUGUAGCUGCCAGAUGUUUGAGUUCUCUGGUCUUCUUUGUAGACAUGUAUUGGCAGUUUUCAGAGUAACAAAUGUCCUUACUCUCCCAUCUCAUUAUAUUUUGAAACGAUGGACGAGAAAUGCCAAGAGUAGUGUUAUAUUAGAAGAACGUGCUAGUGAUGUAUAUACUAAUUAUCUAGAAUCUCAUACUGUUCGGUAUAAUACCCUACGUCAUGAGGCCUUCAAGUUUGUUGAGGAAGGAUCAAAGUCUUUAAACACUUACAAUGUGGCACUAGGUGCUCUCCAAGAGGCUGUAAAAAGAGUUGCACUUGCAGCAAAGAAUGAGGGGAGGACUAGGAUGGUCAAUGGGCGUGUCAUGAGGGACUCUGCACGUGAUCGGGCAAAUAGCAUUAAUCACAGAGUGCCCAGUCAACCUUUGUCUGAGGAUGAUAUGGACAAGAAAAUCCGAGAACUUACCAAUGAGCUGGAGUUUGCAAAUCGAAAGUGUGAAGUUUACAGGGCUAACUUGCUUUCUGUUUUAAAAGACAUCGAAGACCAUAAGCUACAGUUGUCGAUUAAAGUGCAAAAUAUAAAGAUCAGUAUGAAGGAUGGCCUCUGAUGUUGCAAAUACGUUUCUACCAUGUAAUAUUGAUUUAUCUCAUCUGAUCUUGUAUUUCAAAUCUGUCUUCUACCCUACCCUACUAAUUGGGCUAGGCUUUGCUUCACCUUUGAAUGCUGUAGAGAAAUUAGGAAGGCAUCAGUUUGUUGCCAUGUAUAGUAUAAUUGAUGUCAUUUAGGUGCAUAAUUUAUCAAUUUGAGUGAUUAGUUUCUUUUAGUGAACUCUAUUGAGAUUAUUUAAGGAAAAAGAAAAGAAAAAAGAAAUCUAUGGAGAUUGGUGGCCCUGUGUCAA